CUCUGUUCAUCCACAGAACCUUCGCCGGAGCGUCGUUUAAAUCUCCCGAGCUGUUUCUCUAAAACCGUCUUUACUAAAGUUGUACAUGAGAACGCUCGUUAUUUUACCGACUGCUUCAGACCACACGGAGAACGGAACAGGAAAGAGAGAAUAAGAGGCCAACUGUAGAACCAUCAUGUCAUCUGUUCAUUUCAAUCCAGGGUUGGAUUCCAAAGAAGUUAAUGGUGUAGAGAAGCUGGAGGAGGCUAAGGUGGAGAUAGACGAUGGGAAGGAUAAGAGUGCUGAACCGGAUACCAUGUAUCAACAUAUUCGGACGACGAUUACGCCUUUUGUCAUGUCCUUCGGAUUCCGUAUGUUUGGUGUGAUACUGAUCAUAGUGGAUAUAGUGUUGGUGAUAGUAGACCUGUCUCUGAUGAAGCGGAGCAGAGAUGUGGGGGACGCUCUAGAGACGGUCUCUCUCAUCAUCUCUCUGUUCUUCCUCACCGACGUACUGCUACGGGUCUAUGUAGAGGGGUUCAAGGUGUACUUCAGUUCCAGACUGAAUAUCAUAGAUGCCUGUAUCGUUGUCAUCACCCUGGUUGUCACUAUGAUCUACACCUUCUCUGACCUGACAGGGGCCAGCCUCAUACCCAGGGUGGUGACGUUCCUGCGUUUUCUGAGGAUUAUAAUCCUGGUCAGGGUCUUCAGAUUAGCCUCCCAGAAGAAAGAACUGGAGAAGGUCACCAGGAGGAUGGUGUCUGAGAACAAGCGUCGCUACCAGAAAGACGGCUUUGACCUGGAUCUCACCUACGUCACAGAUCGUGUCAUUGCCAUGUCGUUCCCUUCCUCUGGGAAACAAGCCCUCUACAGAAACCCCAUCAGGGAAGUGGCCAGGUUCCUAGAUGCCAAACAUGAAGACCACUACAGAGUAUACAACCUCUGCAGUGAGAAAGGUUACGACCCCAAGUUCUUCCACUACAGAGUAGAGAGGGUGUUUAUCGACGACCACAACGUGCCUUCACUAGAGGACAUGCUGAAGUACACUGCCGGUGUGAGAGAGUGGAUGGCAGCUGAUCCCAACAACAUCAUUGCCAUACACUGUAAAGGAGGAAAAGGACGUACAGGGACUCUGGUGUGUACCUGGCUCAUUGACAGUGACCAGUUUGAGAGUGCUCAGGACAGCUUGGACUACUUCGGGGAGAGGAGAACCGAUAAGAGCCGCAGCUCCAAGUUCCAGGGAGUGGAGACCCCGUCUCAGAGCAGGUACGUGGGUUACUAUGAAGUGAUGAAGACUAAGUUCAACCGACAACUUCCUCCAGAACAGCUGAAGAUCAAGAGCAUCCGCAUCAACUCCAUAGCAGGUGUGGGUAAAGGGAACGGUAGUGACUUGAAGGUGAAGAUCAUUGUAAAGAAGAAGCUGGUGUUCCUGUGUGUCUGUGCCAAACAAGAAAACUGCACGGUGUUUCCUGAUGCUGGUAACAACUCGGUGGUGAUCAGCCUGCAGGAGGGGCCUGUUGUCAACGGUGACGUCAAGAUAAUGUUUGAGUCCUCUGCUGGUCUCCCUAAAGGAUAUGAAGACUGUCCUUUCUACUUCUGGUUCAACACCUCCUUUAUAGAGAACAACAGACUGGUCCUGUCUAGAGAAGAACUGGACAACCCCCACAAAGCCAAGACCUGGGAUCUCUACAAGGAGGACUUUGGAGUCACCCUGUCUUUCUCUGAACCAUGACCUUUGACCUUUUAACCCCUGUCCAACUCUGAGCCCUUAUCCCUGAUAACAAACCUGUCUGUGUACCAAAUAGCACUUUAUAUAGUGCACUGUCAGACCAGAGCCCCCAUGGGGCCUGUAUAAAGCUAAAGUACUGUAUAGAGAAUAGGGUACCAUUUUGAGAUUCAUGCCUUCUCUGACCUCUGACCCCUUGAUAGUCCUGUCAGACCAAAGGGUCUGCACCUCCUGAACUAGCCAAAAAGACACUCCACUACCAGAAAUGACUGGCUAUGUCCCAAUCAUCUAUCCUUUCUCCUAGUGUGCACUCGUUCACUUCCUUCAUUUGAUAAGAAAAAUGUACUGGUAGAAUACAUAUGGUAGAAACUCCCACCAAUCCAACUCGGGGAAGCAGCGAAGGUGUGUACACCUUUUAGGAGAAAGGCGAUUUAUUAUUGGGACAAAGUCCCCGGUGUCUGUUUGCACUGAGCCAUUAGACCUGUAUUAGGUUACCAUUAGACCUGUAUUAAUUUAUCAUUAGACCGUUAUUAGUUUACCAUUUAGUCCACUGAGCCAUUAGACCUGUAUUAGUUUAUCAUUAGACCUGUAUUAGUUUACCAUUAGUCCUCUGUGGUCAUUAGACCGUUAUUAGUUUARCAUUAGUCCUCUGUGGUCAUUAGACCGUUAUUAGUUUACCAUUAGUCCUCUGUGGUCAUUAGACCGUAUUAGUUUAUCAUUAGUCCUCUGUGGUCAUUAGACCGUUAUUAGUUUACCAUUAGUCCUCUGUGGUCAUUAGACCGUAUUAGUUUACCAUUAGUCCUCUGUGGUCAUUAGACCGUUAUUAGUUUAUCAUUAGUCCUCUGUGGUCAAAUCUGUGGAUUUCCUUUUUUACAUUUUAUACGUUUCUGUAAAAAAAAAAGGGAUCAUUUGGAUGUGAGGGAUGUUCAUUACUAAAACCUUAAAGAUGAUUGUUGUGGAGACCUUGGCAGAUUUAUGGGCCAGUUUCCCGGACAUAGAUUAAGCCUAGUCCUGGACUAAACAGAUAUUUAAAUUGAACGUUUCUUUUUUUUWGUCCAGGACUAGGAUAAUCUGAAACCAGGCUUAUAAAUGUAAUUUUGAAUUUUCUAAGCUAAUUUUCUCCUGUCAAUCCAAAGGGGUAUACUACAGAGCAAGAUCUAUAAAUUAGCAAACUAAACUUAAAUAUUUUUGAAAUAACUUUGUAUUUUUGUAUAUUAAGGAUAAACUUGAAAUAGGCAUGGUCGAAUUGACUCAACAACCAAAAACACAUUUCUGAGUUUAACUUUCUUAAUGAAUCAGAACAUCAAUAGAUAUUUCUUGUUUAUCAGUUAGCUGGCUAACUUGUUGAUCCUGCAUUGUAGCAGAGCCCUCCUGAUAGUUACUGGGCUGUAGGAGAGGAAGACUGGGGUUCUAUUUCACUAAAAUAUCAGUGUAUUCCAACUUAAAAUAAACAUUUCCAUUUGUCA